AUGCAACGUGAACAGAUUCGUGCGUGUCCACUCUGGCGGAAUGUCUACGCCCGUAACGAUUGCGUGUUCAUCAACACCAAUCCGGGCGCUGAAGGGAUGCAAGGACUUGAAGUUGCAAGAAUCAAGUCCUUCUUUUCAUUCAAACAUGACUGGGAAUUAUAUCCCUGCGCUCUCGUUCAUUGGUUUGACAAGGUUGGCGACUGUGCUGACGAGGACACUGGCAUGUGGAUAGUGUGUCCCAGUGUUCAUGACGACGACUCCCCAAACCUCGCCGUGAUUCAUAUUGAUACAGUCUACCGCACAGCACAUCUAAUCCCUGUCUACGGUUCUGAUUUCAUUCCCGAUUCCCUCAAGUAUUAUCACUCCUAUGAUGCUUUCCGCUCGUUCUACGUCAACAAAUACGCCGAUCACCAUGCCUUCGAGAUAGCAUCAUGA